GCAACAUUGAUUAUAUUGAUUUUCUGAUCACCACGUAUAGGUUCGCUACCCGGUUCUUACUGAGAAACCCUGAAAUUUCUAAUCUCGUCUCAGACGAAAUAAUAAGUCCUUUCUCAUAUUAUGUUUGGUAUCUAAUGGUAGCAACAACUAUUGUAAUAAGCUUGACUAUCAAAUUAACUUACACAGUUGAACACAUGUAUAUCAAUCACACCGUUAACUUUUCACCUAUCACAACUUUUUUGAUGGUGAUCGCAGGUUUCACACAACAAGGGAUUUACGUUAUUCCCAACCUUUUAUCUGGAAAAAUAAUUAUUAUGUGUCUUUUAAUAUUAGCUUUGAUGAUUUAUAAUUACUAUACAUCCAGUUUCGUUGGGCUCCUACUUAACAAACAACCAAACUUAUGGAGUACAAUCCAAGAAUUCAUUAAAAGUAAAGAAAGUAGGGAAUUAUAUGUUGCAAUGGAAAAUCAGUCAUACAUAUUAGCAUAUUUACUGGAGACAAAAAACGAAUAUGACAUCUUGUUGAACAACACGAAGUUAACAACUAACGGCGAGUUUAAUUUGAUGAGUGUCGAAGAGGCAUUGCCCAAACUACGUGAAGGAAAAUUUGCCUAUUAUUGUGAAUUAUACAAAAUAUAUCCUCUAAUAGCGAAAAACUUCAGUCUUCGAACAAUUUGUGAGCUGGCAGAAAUACCAUUAAUUCCCCCAGGACACAUGUCUCUGAUGCUCGUCAAAAAUUCGGAGUACCGAAAAAUGUUUCAAAUAAGCUUGAUGAUUUUGAAACAAAGGGGGCUGAUAGGUAGGACUCAUAAAUUUUGGAUUCCAACUAAACCAGAAUGCUUUACUUCUUCGUAUUACAAUCCUAUAGGCCUAAAUAAUGUAUUUAUGAUAUUUUUUAUCCUUAUGAUGGGGAUGUUGUUGGCUAUUAUUUCAUUAAUUUUUGAGAGGGUUUGGUUUCAAAUUCACUCAUAA